CUUCAAACAUGGUCAUUGCUUUGUCAAAUGCACACGGUUCCAGUUUAGGAUUUAGGCUUUUCCUCUAAGAGAGGAUGGUUAUGGUUUUGGUUUAGAAUCAUACAUCUCAACCUCAUGUCCUGCAUCAAACUUUUCUUUUUCUUUGCCUCUUUGAUUUGAAUUUAUGGGAAAAAUAGUUAAUGCUCACUUACUACUUGCGGAUUUCCUGGCUUGCAGAUUGCUAUGACCCUUUGGAUCCUAAUGGAAACAUUACAGUCACUUUUGAUAUUAUCAGAUGAACAUCAGAUGGCUAUAUGGCAAGGGUAACCAUUCAGAAUCACUAUCAGUAUUGCCAUGUUGAUGUCCCUGGAUGGAAACUAGGCUGGACAUGGGCAAAUGAUGAGGCUAUCAUGUCAAUGUCUGGUGCAUUUGCCACCCAACGAGGAAACCGUUCAUCAUUCAAGGACCAAGUCCCACACUCUUGUAAGAAAGACCCUAAUAUUGUUGAUCUAAUGCUAGAUGUCCUGUGGGAAAACAAGUCAGACAAUUGUUGCCGUGGUGGCCUUCUUGCUGCUUGGGCCAUUAACCCUGUCGCGUCAUUCUCUUCCUUUGAAAUGAUAAUUGGCGACACAAAUAAUGUCCAAGCACCUAAGAGUCUCACUUUAAUGGCUCCUGGUCCUGGUUACACUUGUGGCCAACUUGAGGAUACUGAUCCCACAGUCUCUUCAGAUAUUGGAGGUAGAAGACAAGUUCAAGUCUUCAGUGAGUAUGCAUUGAAUCAACAUGGAAAUCCACAUGUACUUAUUCCAGUUUUCUAGGUAACAAAGCACCUCUAUGUUGUGUUUCACUCUCAGCAUUUUACAAUCCUAAGAUCACACUAUGCCCCAUGUGCAGCUGUGGCUGCAGAGAAGCAGACUAAAAUACUUUCGCCUGCAUAAAACAACUCCAGCCCAUAUCACAGUUAAAAAUGAAAAAUAGUCCUGACCUAGUGCAAUGCACUGAUCACAUGUGCCCUGUUCGAGUUCACUGGCAUGUCAUGAAGAAUUAUGUGAAGCAUUGGAGGGUAAAGCUCACAAUCACCAACUUCAAUCUAAACAGAAACUACACAGACUGGAAUGUGCUAGCUCAGCACCCCGGCUUCAGCCAGGAUUCAACAACAUACAGCUUCAACAGCACUCUCCUUCCCUCCUUUGGACUUGCAGAUGAGGUUGUUUUGUUUUGGGGGAUAAAUUACUUCAACAAUGAAUUACCGCAUUCUGAAGAAAACCAACUGGGGUCAGAAACCACAGAGAUACUACUGAACAAGGGUGAAGAAUAAUUUACUUUGAGAAAUGGAUGGGCAUUUCCUAGAAGAAUAUAUUUCAAUGGUGAAAACUGUCAGAUGUCUCUUCCGGACAUUUUCCCGAUGCUACCAAAUGGCAUCUCCAGCUUCAAACCUACACACCCCUUAUUCCUCCUAAUGAUUUUCUUUACUUUCAAGACAUUUGUAGCUUUAUGGUCUUGAGUAAAUAAAAAAUUUUGUUGUAUGUAUCCCCAUGAUGAUUAUGACGCAACAUCCCAUGUUCCCUUCACAAGUUUCUUGGCUAAUAGAAAGCCAACACAUCCCAUACUGAGAUGUCCUCUGACACAAUGGACCUCUCGGUCAUCAAGGACUUGUGAAUAUGAACAGUUUAUAUGAAUUGAAUUAUGUGUAUGUUUUCCAAGCUUGUCUGUGCUGUGGAUCAACAAUGAAACAGAAGAAUCUCAUGUGCUGUAAUGGGCCCUGUUGUCUGAGAAAUGAUUGUGUUUUCAGCUAAUCACCUCAAGGCUAAACUGUUAAAAUUUAAAAGUCUCAAGGAAGAUGGUUUUACUGAAAAAAACCAAGGCUGGACUUUUAGCAAAUUCAACCAAAUAAAAAAUGUCAAUGGAU